AUGAGUGAGGGAGCUGUUAUAAGGGCACCGAAUUGGGGUGGCUCCUGCUACGCGACACGUGUCUUCGGUGGUGGCAAUCGCACGGACAUUUCCAAGAGGGAAUUAUUCCAAUUGUUCAAUUGGACGGGACGAAUCAAUGAUAUAUAUCUAUCACGAAAACAAAAAAGUGAAAAUAUAUACAUGAUUGCGUUCGUGCGAUACACAACCAAAGGGGGAGCAUUGAAGGCUGUUGCGGAAAUGAAUCAUCAGAGACUGAGAGGGAAGAUUCUGUUUGUGGAAGAGGCAAAAUACAGAAGAAUGUCAGGCACAAUAACGACAAGCAAUGUACGCGCGGAGGGGGACAAGCGACAAACCGCUACAUGGCAGCCACGUAGGAAAGUUGCUGAGUCCGAGCCUGAGGCUCCUGAAAAUAAGGAGCGGGAACAGGAAAGAGACAAAGAUCCAUAUGGAAAGGGUCGGACAAAGAAAGUGAAAGUAGCAGUGGCAACAGAGAAUCUGGAUGGUUGCAGAGGAGCAUUGUCGGGGGCGCGACCAAAGCCAUUAACUUUGAAUCUUUAA